AUGCUGCAACUCGACUGGGACGAUAAAGGCAUCAACGUCGACGGAAAGAAGCUAUCUAACCUACGAUUCGCAGACGACAUUGUCCUUAUCAGUCAAAACUCAGCAGAGCUACAGCGGAUGGUGGAGGAACUGAACAACGUCGGCAAAGCUAUUGGCCUCACGAUGAACCGGAGCAAGACCGAG